AUGAGGUUAGUCAGCGCAGGGGUCCGGGCCCAGCGGGCCGCGGAGCCGGCUGAACCAGAGGCAGAGGAGACUACGGAGCCGGUUCACCACGAGCACCCUCAUUCAGAGCACCCUCAUUCAGAGCACCCUCACCCAGAGCACCAUGAGCAUUCCCACCCAGAACAUCACCCUGGACACGACUACAACCACAUGAAAGAGAAGUUCAUGACUGAAAUCACUCAUCUGCCAAUUCCCGCGUGGGCAGUUGCAGCCAUCGUUGUGGUGGUACUGGCUUUGGUGGCGUGCUGCAUCUUCUGUUUUUUCAAAAAAUGCUUUGCUAAAAAGAAAAAGCCGAAGAAAGUGAGGGAGAGGAAGGCAGGUCGCGUCAAAAAGAACAAGGAUGGUGAAGGAGAAGCCGGAGAAAAGGAGGGGGAGGUGAAGAAGGAAGGCGAGCAGGAGGAGAAAGAACAGGAAAAGUUGGGUAAACUGGAAUUCUCCUUGGACUACAACUUCACAGAUACCCAGCUUAUAGUGGGCAUCCUCCAAGCUCAGGACCUCGCUGCUAUGGACAUGGGGGGAACUUCAGACCCCUACGUCAAAGUUUUCUUGUUACCUGACAAAAAGAAGAAGUAUGAGACCAAAGUUCAACGCAAGAAUUUAUGCCCGGUUUUCAACGAGACUUUCUUCUUCAAGAUCCCGUAUGCAGAGUUGGGUGGAAAGACUUUGGUGAUGCAAGUUUAUGACUUUGACCGUUUCUCCAAGCACGACAUUAUUGGAGAGAUAAAGAUUCCCAUGAACAGCGUUGAUUUGGGUCAGCCAAUGCAACAGUGGAGAGACGUGGAGAGUGGUGAGAAGGAGGAGCAAGAAAUGCUCGGUGAUGUUUGCAUUUCUUUACGGUACGUACCCACUGCUGGGAAACUGACAGUGAACAUCAUGGAGGCAAAGAAUCUGAAGAAAAUGGAUGUGGGAGGAUUGUCAGAUCCAUAUGUGAAGAUCGUACUACAGCAAAAUGGGAAACGCAUCAAGAAGAAGAAGACGACGGUGAAGAAAAACACGCUCAAUCCCUACUUUAAUGAGAGUUUCAGCUUUGAAGUUCCCUUUGAGCAGAUACAGAAAGUGCAGGUCGUCAUCACAGUGUUUGACUACGACAAACUCGGGAGCAAUGACCCCAUUGGAAAGACCUUCAUGGGCUACGGAGCGACAGGAGUGGGCCUGCGGCACUGGUCGGAGAUGCUGGCCAAUCCCAGACGUCCGGUAGCCCAGUGGCACACUCUCCUGCACGAGGAAGAAGUCGAUGCGUUAGUCAAAGCAAAACCCCGCUAG